UGACGUAAGAAGUGUGAAUAAGACAUCACAUAAUGUUUUCUUUACGUCAAAUGUAUCAUCUGUACUGAAUCGACCAAUCAGCCCAGACCAUGGUAUCAUCGGAGCAAGCUGCGAGUUAACGGACCAUACCAACACCAGUGACGUCACCCUCGCCGUAUGCAAAGCAAACAACAUUUUAUUGGGACGAAGAAACAUCAAAGUGAAAUUCUACUAUGACAUAUCGAAUCCAAUUCUUUUUCCAAACAACGACCUUGAAAGAAUGAAAGGCUUGAUUACGAUUGAAAUCAAAGCAGAACAAAAGAAUCCGGAUGUCAACCCUUAUAACAACAUAUUUGAAGAGGUUAUCCCGGUUAGAUUGAAACACGAUAUUGUUAUACAGGAAGACAACAACGUUGACGACCAGAUAGUAUAUGAAGAUGACGUAAACAGUCAACGUGUAUUGAGUAUUCUUCAACGUUUCUACGUAUCUAACAAAGGACCAAGCUUUCUACAUUUUACAUACGUCAAUUUCACGGUUCCUGCUACGAAGCAUGGUGUUCAAAUUGCAAUGAUUAAGAACAUUUCAAAUUCGUGCUCAAUAAAAGAAGACGCUAACGGCAUGUCUGUAAUAGAUAAAAAUGACAAGACAGAGAGAGACAUUGAAGUGUAUAAAAAGGAAGAUACUACAACCGACAUUACUGAGGAUUAUCUGCACGAGAACUACCAAGAGAUGAACACUAUUAGCUGUCAGAAUGUGAACUAUGGCUGUAUUGUAAUCGAGUGUAAGCUGACCGAUAUGGAACAAUACCAGCAAGAAGUUUUUGAGUUCACAGUAGAUGUAUUCGAAAAGGGAUUGGCCAAAGAGAAGAACGCACAGGGUGUCAGAUUUGCCACUUUUGCCAAUGUCAGUGACCCUAAUAUUUGGUACGGGCUGAAAUCUGUUGCAUGGACCGAACCAGUUUUUGCUCGGAAAUGGGCUACAUUUUUUCUUAAACAUGGUACUGCACCAGGGAAGGUAAAUAUGUGGAUAAUCAUUUCAAGUGCAGCUGGAGGUUUAGUCCUAUUGACUUUACUGAUCAUAAUACUGUGGAAAUGCAAAUUUUUCGAACGGAAGAAACGCUAUCAGAUACUUGAUUGGAAAGAAAGUAGAAGAAAUGAUACGGCUGUUGGCGAUAUUGUGCCAGAACAAUCUAAUGAAGCUACGAAUCAGUUCUAAACCAACACUAAUAAUAACGUCAUCUCAGACAGUUGCUUUGUUGUAAUCGUCUUACAGUGAACUCUCAUAAAUGGAUUUAACUCAUUACAUGAUUGGAGCAGUACCUCUAGACCCUUGCAGAAAUCAUGAUCACAACAAAGACUAAUAUCGUUUUUUGUCGCCGAUUAUUACAUUUUUCAUUUAUUGUCAUACAAAAGAUGAAUGAGACUUUUUCAAGUUCAUUCCGUUGGGUAAAAAGGCAAGAUUUUAGCAUUUUAUUAUUCAAGCGCCUUGUCUGGUUUAUACCGGAAUACGGUAUUUAGUGUUGUGCUUAGUCUCAGUUGUCGGGGAUAAUACUAUGUUAUAUAGUAUGCUGACAAUGGAAUUCACCUUAAAUUUAAAAGGAAAGUGUUGACAAUACAUUCAUAAUUGAUAAAGCUUAAUUCUGAACAUGUAUCUUCUAUCUACUAAAGAACGAGCGAUAUUAACCCAUUUAUCAAUGAAUCAUUUUGAAGGAUCAAAUAUAUAAAGUAUAUGUGAAGUGUUAACUUUAAUAUUGGCUGGUAUAAACAUUUCAUAUCCAGCGUGGAUAACUACAGACUAUGAACCAUGUAUACUAGAUCAACGUACACUAUAUCUAUGUAAUUUCACCUUACCAUGUGUUUUCUUCAUUGUACAUUUAUGUCUAUUCAAAAUAACGAAUCGCCAUUCGCAUUUAAUAUACGAUA